UUUCAUUUAUCUUCUAUAAUUAUAUUCUUGCUUUUUUGCAAACAUCGAGUAAAAAAUUAUUUAAAAUAUCAAAUUAUAUACUGAAUUCUUUUGUUAAUGUCGUAGAUCUGCUGCAUUUUAAAUAGGUGGUGGAUAUCCGUUGCAAAAAUGACUGUAGACGGGGACGAGAAGCCUGUAAACGAUCGCGUGUUCAUGGACAUUUCCAUUGGCGGUUUGCCUUCCGGUCGUAUAGUCUUCGAAUUAUUCAACGAUGUGGCUCCAAAAACGACUGAGAACUUCCGUGCCUUAUGCGCUGGAGACAUGGGAGUUGGGAAGGUUACCGGGAAACCUUUGACGUACAAAGGUAUGGUCUUCCACCGUGUUGUGAAGGACUUCAUGAUUCAGGGGGGAGACUUUACCAAUGCUAAUGGAACUGGUGGGGAAUCCAUAUAUGGUGGUACCUUUGAAGAUGAAACAUUUGAAUUGAAGCAUGAUCGGCCAUACUUGUUGUCUAUGGCAAAUAGAGGCAAAGACACCAAUGGAUCACAGUUCUUUAUAACAACACAGCCGGCGCCGCAUCUCGACAAUGUGCACGUAGUGUUCGGUCACGUGGUGGGCGGCGCGGCGCUGGUGAGGCAGCUGGAGGCGCUCCCGGUGGAUCGCAACGCGCGGCCCCUGCAGGACGUCGCCGUCAGUGGCUGCGGACAGCUGGUGCGGCUGCGGGCAGGUAAGAAGCGUAAGCAGGAGAAGGAAAAAGAGAAGGAGGACAGUGAUGCGGACUCGGAGCACUCGCACAAGAAGGAUAAGAAGAAGAAGAAGGACAAGAAGGAAAAGAAGAAGAAGAGACAACAUUCCGGACCAUCAGCAGACGAGGAGGAAACCACCGACCAACCCUCGCAUCCCCUCGUGACCACCUCCAAGAUCGACCCUCGAGAUAUUCCUGACGUGCCCACCAACCGGUUCCUCAUGAGAGGCGGCCGCGACCAGGACAACAGAGAACGGAACGACCCGAGGAGGGACAGAGAAAGAAUGCGUUUCCGGGAGAGAGAUCGAUUCUUAAUGCAGUGUUUGUAUGAAACAAUCAUAAUGACUCAUGAAUACAAAUGUUUGUGCCGUGAGGGACGGGACAUUGAGCGUUACCGCACUCCGUCGAGAUCGCGGUCCCGUUCUCGUUCAGUGACUCCGCCCCACUGGCGGCAGGCGCAGCGGAGAAUCAUCAAACUCUCAGAGUUCGAGCGUGUAGAACAAGAGCGCAGCGAGAGGGAAAUGCUGGAACAACGCAACAGACCUACUGAACGACCGCACAGUGAAGAAGAAGGUGGCACUCCUGAACAGCCCAGGGAGAGAGAGGAGGGAGAGAUUGAUUCUUCACAUGAGAGAUCCCGCCACGAGAAGAUCGACUACAACGCUCUGGACUUCGAAGAGGACGUGGAACAUGAGGAGGAAAGAGCAUCCCACAAGCGGCGAGCGGAGCGCGAACAAGCUCGCGAGCAUGCUCGGCGACAUGUACAGCGGCCUGCGACCGAGCAUCGUGCUGACAUGCUCGCACUCGCGCUCGGCGUGCAGCCCAAGCAUGACAAGCACGAUCAGCACAGCGCCCCCCCGCACCGCGAGCCCCGCGAGUGGCGGCGGGAGGCGGCCCCCCGCCUGCCGUCGGCCGUGGCCCCCGCGCCGCCGCCGGGCCCCGCCGCCGCGCCGGGCCCCGCGGGCCCCGUGCGCCCCGCGGGCCCCGCGCGCCCCGCCGCCUCGGGCCCCGGCCUGGGCGGCGGCCUCGAGCUGCGCCCGCAGUCGCACGCGCCCGACGACUACGACCCCGUCACCUUACUGCGCAGCACCUUCAACAGGGACAAGAAGGACAGGGGGAAGGAGGUUGCGAGGGACAGGAAAGAAGAAAAACCAGAACGUUCGGACAGGCGUGACAAGGACAAGGAUAGACUGGAGAAAACGAAAGAGAAAGAAGAUAGACGGGAGCGGCACAGAAGCGAGAGAGACGAUAGAGAGUCUAAAUAUUCGGAAUAUAGACGAGAGGAGAAAGACAAGAAAGAGGAGAAACGGGAGAAGGAUAGAGAACGAUCAAGGGAAAGAGAUAGAUAUAAGGAUAAGAGUGAAAAGCGUAGAGAAGAUGAAAGGGAUAGAGAUAGGAAGAAGAGGCGUUCACAUUCGUCUAGUGUUGAAAGGUCGAAAUCUCCAAAACCCAAAGACAGAAAACGUUUGGAAUCUGAGGAUCAAGAAAAAAAUCGAGUGCGAUCUAAAGAUGGCGACGAAGAUAGCAAGAAGAAGGAAGAUGAACGGAACGAAGCACGCAAGGAGCUAAUGGAGAUCGUGAGGCUCAUCAAGUCGAGGCAGCGCGACAGGGAGAACAAGGCAGCAGAAGCCAAGAAAAGGCGAGAUUCAUCCGACUCGUCAUCGUCCGAGGAAGAGCCUCGCUCGAGCGAUCGUCGAGCCAAGCGGAGCCACACGCCGAGAGGUCGUGGUCGUUCGUCGUCCCCGGCAACUUACCGCCGUGGUCGUCGUCGCUCGCCCGACCACUGACCACCGCAUCACGACACCUACACUAGUGAUACCCCGCCACGCCGUAUUAAAACUACAUGUCACAUCAGACAACCGUCACCUAUAUAUUAACUAGCGAAUGUACAUGUAUUAUACAUAUAAACCUUCCUCUUGAAUCACUCUAUCUAUUGCUGAAAACUGCAUUAAAAUCAGUUGCGUAAUUUAAAAGAUAUCAGCGAACAGACAACGGGAGAGACUGUUUUAUACUAUAUAUAUAUAAUACGAAGGAAAAUCUAUACAGAGUUUAUGAAACUUGCUCGGACUUCGUCAUAUGAUAAAUAGAUAUCUGUGCUACUGUUCAUGUAUACACGAUGAUUACCAUUUACCAUCAGAUGGGUCAUCA